UUCAUAAUCGAAAUCAUUUGAGAAACAAACAGAUCAGGAGAAGACAAAAUUCACGAGAUUGCUCUGAAGCCUUUCAGACAUGAAUCUCUUACCGUCUGUAGUCACACUGGGACUGUGCUGUGUGCUCAGCUCUCUGUCUGUAUCAGGAUCUGAGGAGAAUAGUUCAAUCAGGCCUUUCAUUUUGGAUGCCAUCAAAGAAGCCAAACAAGUUGUAGACGACUCUUAUUUGUACUCUCGUCAAAAGAGUCUUGAAAGGGUGCGCAGGGAUGAUUUCAUCAAGCCGUCUGAUAUCCUGCGUCUAUUGAAGCAGCCAAAGCGGAAGGCGCGUGAUGCUGUGAGAGCUGCGGAUUACUUAGAGCAGACACUGAGGAUCAUCUCGGAGAAAUCACACCACGCACACAAGAGAUCUAUUAAUGCCACAGCACUGCUUACUCAAGAAGAACUCAACACAAUCAAGAAGCUGACUGGCUGUGCCGCUCAAACCCAGCCACCUCCAUGCAGAACACUACCGGAUCUGAACAAAUAUCGCACAGCCUCCAGCGUCUGCAACAACCAAUUAAAUCCACUUCGAGGUGCCUCAAACAUAGCAUUCGCUCGCUGGUUGCCUUCUAACUAUGAAGAUAACAUUUCUCAACCUCAAGGAUGGAACACAGGAAAACUCUAUAAUGGUGUUGUGCUGCCUCUGGUGAGGGAGGUGUCAAACCGAAUUUUCAGCACGCAGGACCAAAAUGUCGUGGGAGACAGUCAGUACACAUUCUUCAUCACCUUCUUUGGCCAGUGGAAUGAUCACGACCUGUCAUUCACCCCAGUGUCACCCAGCAUCCGGUCCUUCAGCAACGGAAUAAGCUGUGAUGAGAGCUGUGAGCGCUCUGAGCCAUGCUUCCCCAUCCAGAUUCCUAGAGAUGACCCGCGCUUGCCCUCUAACGCCAAAAGCUGCCUCCCUGUAUUUCGUUCUGCACCUGCCUGCGGCUCUGGAACCGGUGCAUACAUGUUUGGAGGUGUCCCGCAAGGGAGGGAGCAGAUCAACACCCUGACAUCAUUCUUAGAUGUUGGUCAGCUGUAUGGCUCUGAGGAUGGGCUCGCUCAAGAACUCCGUAAUCUCUCCAACGACGAGGGCCUCAUGCGCGUCAAUGAUAAAUUUCAGGACAAUGGACGUGAGCUGCUGCCCUUCACCAAGGUGGACACCAAAAUUUGCUCCACACGCAAUCGCAUUCUCAACACCACGGGCCUGGAGGAAGUGCCAUGUUUUAUUGCAGGUGAUGCACGUGUGGAUGAGAACAUCGCUCUGACUUCACUGCACACACUUUUCCUGCGGGAACACAACCGGAUCGCGCGUGCUCUGCGGCGCCUGAACCCGCACUGGACCAGUGAACAGCUUUAUCAGGAAACUCGCAAAAUUCUUGGAGCUUUUCAUCAGAUCAUAGUGUUCAGGGAUUACCUGCCACACAUCGUGGGAACAGAAGCCGCGAGAAGGCAGCUCGGCAGGUAUCCUGGCUAUAACCCCAAUGUUGACCCGACUAUCUCAAACGUCUUCGCUACCGCUGCUUACCGCUUCGCCCACGCCACUCUCCAACCCCUUAUUUUCCGUCUGGAUGAAAACUUUCAAGAAAAUAGACAGUUCCCCAGCGUUCCGCUUCACACGGCCUUCUUUACACCAUGGAGAAUCGUAUUUGAAGGUGGAAUUGAUCCUCAGAUUCGAGGGCUGAUUAGUCGGCCAGCUAAGCUGAACAAGCAGGAUGCUAUCCUGGUGAACGCAGUAAGAGAGAAACUGUUUGCCUUUACCAGCAAAAUCGCUCAGGACCUGGGUUCCCUCAACCUGCAGAGGGGCAGAGACCACGGCCAGCCAGGCUACAACGCUUGGCGCAGAUUCUGCGGCCUGUCCACACCCAGGAAUGUCAAUGAAUUGGCAAGUGUGCUGAAUAACACCGUUCUUGCAAGUAAACUCCUCCAGCUUUACGGCUCUCCCGAUAACAUCGACCUUUGGGCUGGAGGCAUUGCUGAACCAUUUGUCGCCGGAGGCCGAGUCGGGCCAGUGUUCUCCUGUAUCAUUGCCACCCAGUUCCAGAAGAUCCGCCAAGGAGACAGGCUCUGGUGGGAGAACAGCGGCGUUUUCACCCCAGCACAGAGAGCCUCCCUGUCCAAAGUGUCUCUGUCUCGCAUCGUCUGUGACAACACAGGCAUUUCUAGAGUCCCUAGGAACGCUUUUCUCUUUAGCCCCAACCAAGCAAACUUCAUCAACUGCAGAAGUAUCCAAAAGGUUGACCUCAGUCCUUGGAAGGAAACAGUCACUAGGGGCGUAAGCAGUGAAAGUGAAUCUGAUGAAAAUGAGAUUAACGAAGAAUGAGAAGCUCCAGUUGUCCAUGUUGAACUACAACAAAAGUAAUCCCCCUGGCCUCUUCCUCUCUGUCUUCGCUUCUGCAAAAUCAUCUACAAACAUCUGAACCUCUACAACACCCAUAUGAGUUCAUUAAAUUGAUUAAUACAUUUAUUGACUGAUUGCUCUGCAAAAGUCCCCAUUUUACAUUCAAGUUCUGUUACAUAGCAAACUAUUGUCCUAGGUUACAGCUGUACAAUUUUACCACAAAACAAACCAAUGUUGUAUCAGUUGGAAUUGGAAGAGUAAUGAUGGAAAGGAAUCAAAUACAUCCAGGGUCGAUCCACAUACACCAGUACACACCUAAGGGUUGCUUUCCAGAUAGGGAUUUGCAUACUGUACACUGUUCACGAAUAUGUUUUCUAACUUUGCGCUCCUCCGAGUGCACUGAUCGCACUUUACAAAUUAAAUGGCUAACUUUUUCUUUUGCUAGAUAGUGAGAAUUGAAAGAUAAUGGCUUUUGAGCAUUCUGUUGAGGAGACACUUGAAUAUACUGUACUGUAGGUCACUUUACUGUUACAUGUCAUCACAUUUAGUAUGAUAGUUUUUCAGCACUUCUCUUUUACAUAUACAGUACUAUAUAUUUUUCAUUAUGCAUACAGUCUAGCUCCCUUUUUCUGAGCUUGGUAAAUAUUGUGUUGCAUUGAUAUUUUUAUUCUUCUUUUUAAUUUUUUAAAAUUGAAUAAAAUGCUGUACCUGAUCUGCA